AUGUACCCCGCUCAUUGUGCUUGGGUUGACAGUAGCUGCUUUGGCUCACGUUUAAUGUGCCCCACCAGGAUAAUGAACUGCGGGAAGUACAACUUGUGGACCCUGGCUCUUCAGCUGGUCUUCAUCUGUGUGAUUGUUCAGGUUGCCAAGUGUGACCCAUCUUGUAAAAUAUACGGCCCUGUAGCCGCUUGUCACAGACAGAAUCACCAAUGGGUGCCUGAUCUGCCUUCAAACAUCACCCACCUCUACUUGGAGAUGAACAGAAUCAGUGAGAUUAAUAGCACGUCACUCCAAAAUCUGGAGCAACUGCUAGAAUUGGAUCUUGGGAAGCAGAAUGCGACGCUCGUAAUAAGGAAUAACGCAUUCCUCAGACAGACACAGUUGGUUCACUUAGUUCUGGGUGAUAAUCUUGGCCUUCAAUUGGAGCCACGAGCAUUUGCGGGGAUGAUCAGUUUGAAAUACCUCUUCAUGGACCACUGCGAUUUGACAGACUCCAUAUUGGCGCAGAACUACUUUGAGCCGCUCCUGUCCUUACAAGUACUUAAUCUUUUCGGGAACUUACUCCGAAAAGUCACUCCUGGACUUUUCUUUCAAAAUCUCUCUAAUUUGGUAGAGAUUAACCUCAUGUUGAAUAAGAUUGAACAACUCUGUGAAGAAGAUCUCAUUGGUUUCAGAGGGAAGUACUUCACACACUUCAAUUUAGACUCCAAUCACUUGUACAAAAUGGCCGCUAUGGAUUUCGACUGGGGAAGAUGCGGAAACCCGUUUCGAGGAAUGGCUUUCAACAUUCUUGAUUUAUCAACCAGCGGGUUUAACGUUACCGCAACCCAACAAUUUCUUAAAGCGAUUCAGGGGACUCCCAUUGCUCAUCUCAUAUUCUCCGGCAUAUUAGGGAAAGGUUUUUCACACGACAAUAUACCAGAUCCAGACAGGCACACAUUUGAAGGUCUUGCAAACAGCGCAAUAAACAUUUUUGAUGUAUCUAAAAACCAAAUAUUUGCCUUACAGAGAGCCGUCUUCAGUUCUCUGACCGAUGCGAUAAUAAUUGAUGUGUCGCAAAACAAAAUCAAUCAAAUUACCAACCAAGCCUUCAGUGGUGUUCAGGGAAAUUUAAGAUUGCUCAACUUGUCGUUCAAUCUUCUAGGAGAAGUAGUUUCACACACGUUUAGCAGUCUGACAGAGCUUAGGGUUUUGGAUUUGUCUUUUAAUCACAUUGGAGCGCUGGGAUAUCAUGCUUUUGAAGGUCUUCCCAAAUUACGAGCAUUAUAUAUGACAGGAAACUCCCUGCGGACCUUAGGUUCCCCUGCAUCAUUGCCAAAUCUCGAAUUUCUUCUUCUGGGUGACAAUCGGUUGGUUAAUAUAUACGCGAUAGAUGAACUAAGCAUUAAUCCGAUUCACGUGGACGUGACCAAUAACCGAUUAACAAACCUUGAGGAUGUUUAUCUCAUUUUAAGUCAUUUCAAAAAUCUGCAGAAUUUCUUCUUUGGUGGUAAUUUCAUUAAGUGGUGCAUGCUUGGUCAGAACAUUUCAAUUCCUUUUAAUCAUAGCUUACAAGUGCUAGAUCUUCAUGAUAGCUCUCUGCAGUUGGUUUGGGCUGACGGGACAUGCCUUGAUGUUUUUGAUCAUCUUGAAAAUCUGCUCGGUCUAAAUUUAAGCUUCAACUCCCUCAAGAAUCUCCCAAAGGGCAUUUUCCAUGGUCUCAACUCAAUCAUUGAGCUUGACCUGUCUUCUAACGCCUUGACCUAUCUGGAGCCAGAUGUUUUACCCAACAGCCUUACAAACCUCGAUCUGUCCAACAACUUCUUGGCCUACCCAGAUCCAAUGACUUUUGAUUCCCUCCUCCUCCUCAGCCUUUCGGGAAAUCGAUUUUACUGCGACUGUCAACUCGAAACCUUCCUGAAGUGGAUGAAUGACACCAAUGUAACCUUCCUCAGUCUAGAGAAUUACCGAUGCGAGUUUCCGGCUGUUAACUAUGACCUUCCACUGCUCAACUACUCCCGGAUGGUGGAACCAUGUGAGGUGGAUGACGAUCUGGCGGUCCAAAAACUUAAAUUUGCGCUGUUUGUCUUCUCUACUCUUCUCAUUCUCACCACCAUACUUUGUGGGAUUGCUUACGCACGUCUUCGUGGAUAUAUUUAUAUCACUUACAAAAAAAUCGUCAGUCGAGUUCUCGAGGGGCCCAAAGCCCCGCCUCCUCUGCAGGACGCUCAGUAUGAUGUCUAUCUUUGCUUCAGCAACACAGACUUCAUGUGGGUAGAAGCUGCUUUACUGAAAAAACUGGACAAUAAGUUCUCGGAAGAGAACAUCCUGCACUGUUGUUUCGAGGCCAGAGACUUCCUGCCUGGUGAAGAUCACCUCUCCAACAUUAGAGAUGCCAUCUGGGGCAGUAGAAAGACUUUGUGUAUCGUCUCCAAAGAUUUCCUUAAAGAUGGCUGGUGCUUGGAGGCGUUUACCUUGGCUCAGGGCCGCAUGCUGACUGAGCUAAAAAAUGUUCUGAUUAUGCUGGUGGUCGGGAAGGUGGCUCACUACCAGCUGAUGAAGUACAAUGCAGUCCGAGCGUUCGUCCAGAGGAGAGAGUACCUGAUCUGGCCAGAGGACCCUCAGGACCUAGAGUGGUUUUAUGAGCGCCUGGUUUCCAACAUCCUCAAAGAGACUGAAGUGAAGAAAUUUGACGAGGAAGCGCCAAAGCCUGACAUUCCACCUGGAAAUGACAUUCAGCUUGAGAACAUUGAAGCACGGCUGUGACCUGUCAACAAGAACAUCUGAAUGAAAAAGCACUCCUGCUGUAGGGAUGUGAUGACAGCCUUUGUUAUCCACAAUAGUUAAAAGUAAGAAAACAGGUGUUACAAAGAAGCAGGAAUCAAUCAUUGAUUUUAUAGCAAUUCCAUUUUGACCGCAUUGUUAUAUAGCACAGGUGUCAAAGUCAAGGCCCAGGGGCCAGAUACGGCCCGCCACAUCAUUUUAUGUUUCCC